CUUUGCUUUGGCGUGUCGGUAGAUAGAGAUCGUGCUGCAGACUGGCAGCUUUCGUGGCGCCUUCAACUCUGUCUCAAAAUUGGUUGAGAAAAUUUCGCCAGAUGACCUCUCUGUUCUUGCACACUCUAGUGGUAACCAUGGGCAAGCACUAGCCCUGGCAGCCAAGUUAUGUAAUGUAAAAGCCAAUAUCGUCAUGCCUACUAAUGCUCCACUUUGUAAGGUGGAGGCAGUAAAGGGAUAUGGAGCAACCGUUAUCUCAUGUGCAUCAACAGAGAAGGCUAGAGAGGAGAAAGCUAAGGAAGUAAUCAAAGAAACAAACGGAUACAUGGUGCAUUCCUCUCAAAACCCAGAAGUGAUCGCUGGACAGGGAACCAUUGCUUUAGAAUUUCUACAGCAGGUUCCAAAUCUUGAUGCCAUAGUUGCAACAGUGGGUGGAGGGGGCCUGCUCUCUGGUAUCUGUCUAGCAGCCAAGGCUCUGAAGCCCUCUAUCAAAAUAUAUGCAGCAGAGCCAGAGAUGGCAGAUGACUGCGCAAGAUCAAUGAAGGCCAAUCGACAUCUGAAAAACGAAACCUAUCCAGACACUGUUGCCGACGGUCUGCGAGUGUCCAUCGGAGAAGCAACAUGGCCAAUUUUACGGGACCAUCUAGAUGAUGUCAUUCUGGUGACCGAGGAAGAAAUCUGUGAUAAUCUUCGACUUGUUCUUGAGAAGGCAAAGCUUUUCGUAGAGCCGUCAGCAGCCGUAGGAGUAGCCGCCGUGCGUUCUAGUCACUUCAAACGUCUUAUUGAUGAACACCAACUGACACAAGUAGGCGUUGUGUUGUGCGGCGGAAACAUAGAUGCCGACAAACUAAAGACUAUUAUCUAGCAAGACCCCCCAAAAAAAAUAAAUGUUAUAAAUAGAAAAUGAAAUGUACUUAUAAAGUGCCUGUCUGAGCUAAUGUUUGUUUUGUAUAUUAGAUCAGUGACCUCCUUUUAAUGUAGAUAACAGACAACACACACUUUUACACUCAAGAUAUUUAUAUUUUAACUUGCGUAAAAGUAUGCUUAAGUAAUUUAAAAUCAUUAUAUAUAGUAAUUGGACAUUUAGAGUUGUAUUUUAGAGUUUAUAUUCCAUUAAAUCACAAGUUAACAGUGUA